CCAUGAGAAGGAGGGCCGAUCACAACAAAGAGCCCUUUGACUGGGCAGACUGAGGGAACCGUAUGGCUCCUCGCUGGUAUCAGGAUCCAGAAGCCAACAGACCUGGAGUUUCUGAUCUUUGAACGUCUGUUGAUGCCGUUGAGGAGAGGGAGCGCCCGGGGUGUAAACCUCAAUCUUUAUUGCUUAGACUUUGUUCUGCCCACCACGAGGACAACUUGGCCAUCUGAUAAUUUCCUGAGACGAAAUCAAACAUCAGGACGUCUUAUGUGUUAAUAAGUAAUUAUUCACAUUUUGCUCUGACUCGCUUAAACACCAUAUCAGAGAAGGUUCUCUCACUGGAAGGUUCUUCCUCGCGAGUGUUAUUGAGAACUGCUCUGACUGGAAGUUGUCAGAUCCGACUUGGAGUAAAAACCAUGGGUGAACCUUUCCUUCAAGAUGUCUUACGCUUUUACGGUAGUAACGAUUCACUCUCUACGGCAAAUCUGGAAAACUUUCUGCAGCUCAUCACAUCCAGAAGAGCACCAGCAUCCAUUGACAAUGCUGCAAAUCCACUGAGGAGUGCAGAGUGCUUAUCUCUCUCGGAACUGCUGUCAGUCUAUGGCCUAAAUAAUGUGUCUGAAGUGAGUGUUGAUCAGCUGGAGCUCAUGUGCCCAGCUGUUCUCACUCAGAUCCUGCUACCCUCCUGCCCCUACAUGAGCUCCACUGGCCAGUCCGUUAGCUUGGAAGUUUGGGGUUAUGGCUUCCUGGCUGUGACGUUAAUUAAUUUGGCCUCUCUGUUGGGGUUAUUCCUGGUUCCCUUCACCAAGAAAUCCUACUUUCCAAAAGUGCUAACCUACUUCAUUGGAGUGGCCAUAGGAACCUUAUUCUCCAAUGCUGUUCUACAACUUAUCCCUGAGGCUCUUGGGUUUGAUCCGAAAGCUGAUGACUAUGUGUCGAAUGCAGUUGGGAUUUUUGGGGGGUUCUACCUCCUGUUCUUUACCGAAAGAGUUUUAAAAAUAGUGCUGAAGGCAGACUCAGAGGAUUGCCACAGCCACUUCGCCUCCAUGCAAACCACUGAUGUGACCGCCAGCAACGACAUUGUCAUAAGCAACAUCAGCAAUGAUGUCAUCACAAAUAACAUCAACCAUGAUGUUCUGCCAAACAGCCCCAGGGAGAAGGCAAACAGUCCAACCACAAGUCCUGUUGUGAGCCCAGUCAAUGAACAGGAGGCGUGUGUGUUAUUGGCAUGUCGUUGGCUGCGAGGAGAACGUAUAUCAAACAUAAAAACAAUGGCUUGGAUGAUCACACUGAGUGAUGCCCUUCAUAACUUCAUAGAUGGACUGGCCAUUGGAGCCUCCUUCACACUGUCUCUCCUCAUUGGCUUCAGUACAUCUAUUGCGAUUGUCUGUGAGGAGUUCCCUCAUGAGAUCGGUGACUUUGUGAUUCUCUUGAGCUCCGGUAUGAGUGUGCCUCAGGCUGUGUUCUUUAACCUGCUGUCGGCUAUGUGCUGUUAUCUGGGCUUGGUGCUGGGUAUCCUUCUGGGAAGCAGCUUCGCUCCAAAUGUCAUCUUUGCCAUUGCUGGUGGAAUGUUCCUUUAUAUCUCUCUGACAGAUAUGUUUGCAGAGAUGAACGGUAUAAUGAUGGCACACACCAAAGGCUCCAGAGAGAAAGUCAUAUUCUUCCUUUUCCAAAAUGGCGGUCUGCUAACUGGAUUUACAAUCAUCCUUCUCAUCACAAUGUUUGCUGGAGACAUCAAUCUAGGAUGAAAGAAAAGAGAACGGCAGUUUAUAGAGAACUGUAUAGAGAACAAAGAACAUCAGUUUAUUCUUCGCUGACAGGGAGCAAUGGUUUGACACCAACAGUGCAAAGGAAUUCAUGCAAAGACUUAAUCAUUUUUAAACUACUGACUUGAGCUCUUUUUCUGUUGAACAAAAAUCACAAUCAUGUAGCCUCCAAAGUGAAACUUUGUACUUUUUUUUUUUUUUUUUUUUUACAAAGGCAUUGUAAAUUUUCACUGGCAGUCUAAUUUGAGUGCAUGGUGAUCCGUUUGUGUAUGUGUCUGAUGGAAACAAUGUACUACUGUAUGUGUACAGUAUACUACAGUAUACUACUGUUAGUGUCAACCUGGCACAGCAUUUAAACUCUGUUAUGAGCUUCACUGAAACUGGCUGAGCCAGAAUAAGAAAUAUGUACAUUUUUAAUCAAUAAGGUUCUUUGGUCUAAGAAUUUGUGUUAUGGAUAAAUAUUAAAUGUUACUCGUGCUGUUCCUCCAGGUACCUCUCAACAAAGCUUUUAAAAGUGUGUUGCAGUGACAUACCAGUGAUAUUAGGGACAUUGUUGUAGUAUAAAACAGCAUUAAAAUAUUUUGUGUUUGAAUGUUCAAAUACACAACGUAAUUUAUUAUUAACAACAGGAAAAAAAUGCUAGUUUGAUACCAAACUAUAUAGCCUGUUAACAGUAGGCUGUGGUUACCAAGGAACAUAAAAGAUUACACUGUAAACAGAAAUAUGAUAACCUGGCACAUCAAUAAGCUACAGCAGUGGUGUAACUGUCUUAUAGUCCCUCUGAUGUUAAAUUAACUUUGUAUGAAUACAAAAAUGUCUGUUUGCCCCUCUUGUCCCCCCCAGUAAUGACGUCACUGGGCUACAGAAUUGAGUUGUUUUUGUGGUGGUAUGUUUGUGCGUCAACUUACGCCAGGCCUCUGACUCAGGACUCUUGACUCAGUUAACAACCUAGUUCACCAAAUACGCUUAAAAACAACAGGCAUUCAAGCUUUAAUCCGAGGAGUUAUUGUUCCUGUUCCUUAUGGUGUAUUUUACUGGAACCAGUUAGUGAAUGAGCUGCACUUCCCCUCAAAUUUAUGUAAUCUGAUAUAACAAUAUAUGUACCGUAUAAAGUAUGACAAAGAACAUUGUUUAUCUAGGCUAAAAAGAUUGGAAUCGAAACGGCUCCUUUUUCAUCACUUAUUUUUUCGAUUCUGUGGAAAGAUAUGGACAGAUUAGUAAUUCAUCGUAUUGAUUGUUUUUUCUCUGUACCUGGAUUAUAAAGCAAUAUUUUUAAUCUAAUUAUAAUCUUAGCAAAAUUCUAUAUCAUAAAUUGAAAUAUAAUAGAAAAUUUGAUAUUUAUUAUUCUGUAGUAGACCUUUUUCAUUCAACCAAUAGAAAGGCUGCAAAGACUGAGAGUCUUAAUGUAGUUGUUUUAUAUUGUUUGUGUUUAUUCAUUGGCUCUCAGCAUUGUUUUCAUACCUCAUGCUGACGCAAACGAACAAAAAAAAUAUUUAAAACCUGGAAUAAUUCUCUUAAAUCAACUGCUAGAAAAAUUAAGCCUUAGUCUGAUGAUGACUACGAUAUAAUAAAUUCAUUCUCCUUACUCGUGAACACGACUUUUAUUUUG